AUGUGGAGCUCGUCGGUCCAGGUCUUCCGGGCCCUGGAGCACUGGAGGUGGGUCAGCAUCUUCACCAAGUGCAAUUUGCUUGCGGUGCUGUACUUCACGCUGGCUCAGGGAGCAGGUAAGUUCUGCAUCGUCCUCCUCUCGUGGCUCAACGAGUACCUCAGGUUGCAUCUGGGCUUCGUGGAGUCGUGCGUGAUCUUUUUCUGCGUGGGGUUCACCAUGUUCAUGCUCCCGCCAGUGCCGGGCAUCCCAGUGUACAUCUGUGGAGGCAAUUGGGAUGUCUACGCUUGA